AUGGCCUCCCAGCAAGAGAGAGAAGAACUGGAUGCGAGAGCAAGGCAAGGAGAAACUGUGGUUCCUGGUGGAACGGGGGGAAAGAGUCUUGAAGCGCAAGAGCAUUUAGCUGAAGGAAGGAGCCGGGGAGGACAGACUCGGAGGGAGCAGCUGGGGACGGAAGGGUACCAAGAGUUGGGGAGCAAAGGAGGACAGACAAGAAGGGAGCAGAUAGGAACUGAAGGAUAUAAGGAAAUGGGUCGUAAAGGUGGACUGAGCACUAUGGACAAGUCUGGAGGAGAGCGAGCUGUGGAGGAAGGAAUCGAAAUAGAUGAAUCCAAGUACAGGACCCACUAG